ACUUGAAGUUAUCAAAAAGAGAAGUGUGCCCGCUGGGUGUAUUACUACUGGAUAGAGGACAGUCGACUUCCGGUUGAAACGACUUGAAGGCUCACCAACUGGUGGCUGUUUUUCACGCGUGCGCAUUAACAUGUGAUUUGUUUGUGUUGACAUGUGCAAUGAGUAUGGAUGGUUAUGUUUUCUGUAAUGAUUAUUUCUGUAAAAAAAGUUUUUAAAUUUAAUUACAUAACAUUAUAAUGGUACGUAAAUGUAUUUAUUGCGGAGAGCCACAAGUAGCAGAUGUUGAUUAAAAAGUGUUUUCAGGACCUUAAUUUUUGUCAAAUAAAAUUGUUUAUAUUGUGGCCUUGGGUCCAAAAGAUUUGAGAAAGUUGUUAAAAAUCAGCAAUUAUUACUUUAUUUCAUCGAAUGCAUUUUCACUGUGAACACAGCUCAUCAGGACUACAGAAAAAAUAUAAAAAAGUUGUGUAAAUAGAAAAUAUGAAAUCAAUAACAACAUUGUGUGUGGAAUAGACCUACCACAUUGUUCAAUGAUACAAAUUUAUAAAACUUUUAAAAAUUUAAAUUCGAAAAGUUUUUUAAAGGCCAACAUAACCUCAAAGUCGAGACCUGUCAAAAAAUGGAAUAAAAUUUGUUCGGAUUUACUGGAUUCUUGUUUGAACAAGAUCCAUCGACAAUUUUAUUUAAUUUAUAUACAAUUAAUUUCACAAGUUUUCCAUGGAAUGAUAAGAAACUGCUGGAAAAAUGGAUUGAAAAUAUGAAAUUAGGGCCAAACUUCAAGCCUAGUAAAUUGGCUCGAUUAUGUUCAGAUCAUUUUGAGAAAGAAUGCCUUGAAAAUAAAAUAAAAGGAACUUUAUUAUCAGGAAGUAUCCCUACAAAAUUUAAAACAUAUAAAUCCAGCUGCAUUUAUUGCCAUGAAAUAAAAGGAGUUAAUAAAAAUAGGUCCUAUCGAAAAUUUCCUGUUGAAAAUCCUAUAUUAUUACAAAAAUGGCUAUCUGCAAUGAAUCUGAAAGAUGUGGAAGUAACAAAGAGAAGUCUUUUGUGCAGUGAUCAUUUCGACAACACUUGCUUCAGAAAAACAGGAAAAUAUUUAAUUCUAAACUCUGAUGCUGUUCGAACUUUAUUUGCAAGGAGUAGUGAUGUUGAUAUACAUAAUUCUCAGGAAACUUUUAAUAAUAAAUGCAACAAAAGAGAAGUCUCACCGAAUGGCUUACAAAUUCCAAAAUUAUUAAAAUUAACAGAUUUUGAGAAUUACAAUAUUAUGGAAAACGUAUUAGUUUUAUCCGAAAAAGAUAAAUCUCUAGGUUCUGACAAUGCAUUACUACCAGCAUGAAGGAGUAUAAGGAGACAUAUCUCCAAUGGGAAAAUUUCCUGAUAUUGACUGUACUUCUCUGCAGUAAAAUCGACAGGUACGCGAAAAGUAAUAGCCUCAUGUUCACUGAUAACAGCGCCGCCAAACGGGAGAAAUAAGUGCAAUUUUACAUUUUAAGUAUUUUUAUCUUUGACAGUUGAUUGAUAUUUAAGGUUAGAGGAUCCUCUGAGUGUUGUAUUGUAAAAUAUAUGAACAGAAUUAAAUUGUUUUAUACGUUAUAUGAAUAGAAAGGACUUCAAAUAAACAACCAAAAAUUCUUUGCAUUAAAUUCAUAAAUGUCUGUUGGUAAAAGUAUAAAAACUUUUACCCUUACAAAAUAGUAUAUUAAAUAAACUUAUCAUUCUCGGUGCUUUGAAAAAACACUUUUUUCAGAAGCAUUUUUAUUUGCUUUAUAACUAGACAUGCAAUUUUUUAUAAAACAAUUCAUAUUACUAUUAUUUUAUUGUUAAAAAAACUACGUAAACAAAACUUUUAUCAUGGACAGCACACGGAGAGAAGUUUGAACCUUGUUUGUUUGUGUUGUAACCUAAAAUCACGGUGUGAUCAGAGUUUUAGACGAUGAUUGGAAACUUAACCUAGUUUUCGACAAGAUGUAGCGCUCUCUGACGGUGACUGUCACCGCCACUUGCGAUUUGUGAAUGGAAAAACUCUGUGAGAUCACUCAGAUUUACCGUGAUCUUCCCCCUCUUUUAACCUUCUGAAUUAGACACUGUCUUUUAUGGUUCAAAGUUCUCUCCGUGCAUGGAGGGUAUAUAUUUUCUCCUGUAGGGGCGCUAAUAUCAGUGAACAAAUUUCCGGUAUGCCAAUUUUCGUGCAUGGCGAUUUUACGCAGUCAAGUACAGUCAAUAGGGAUACAUAUACAUACUUCUCCUUAUACUCCUUCAUGACUACCAGCAUACUCUGGUGAAUCAACAGAAAGCUCUAAUAGCGCAUUACCACAAACAAACUCUGGUACAUCAGCACAAUCUAGUGUUGUAAUUAAAAAUAAUUUUGAAACACCUAAUGCAAAACAAUGUCGUCAAAUUUAUGAAGACCAUCAUUAUUAUAAUUCACCGAGGUCAUUGAGAAAAAAAUUAAAGAAAAGCCGAUCCAUUAUUUCAACUUUAAGAAAUGUAUCCCGUGUUCAGAAGCAGAGAUGUCCAAUAUAAAAAUUCAUUUAUAAUGGACUUUUCUAAACUAGUAUUUUUAAAAAUAUGGUAUAAAUUUGUUCAGGAAAUUUUUAAUUGUAAAUAUAAAAAAAUACCAUUCAUUUCUAGUAAUGAAAUUUGACAAGAUUUUAAUACAAAUAAAUUUGAAUUAAUUAACAA